AUGAACACAGACAUGUCUAAUUUCCUCGGCCAGCCCCCGGAGCCUGCUGGCCCCUCAGCCACUUCAGCUAGCCGACCCUACGGAGAUAAGAAUCGUCGCGCCUCCAAAGCAUGUUCCGGCUGCCGCACCCGGAAGGUCCGCUGCGACGUCCUGCAGACCGGCCGCCCUUGCACCAAGUGCCGCGUCGAUGGCUUCGAGUGCGUCCUGGAGCAGCGCAAAAAGCGGCGCAGGCGUAUAUCCCACUCCACGCAGAGCUCCUCGGAAGCAAUAGCCGAUAAGCCGGCCAGGUUUAACGUCGCGACUUCGGCGCGCUCUUCAUCUGCGCGGUCGCUCUCCCAGCACGCGAUGCUUCACCAGGUGCCGCACUAUCCCUUUUUCCGCGAAUUCGCGCCACGUGGCCAACAGCUGCUGCUAUCGACUCAGAAAGAGGAUGAGGGAGAACAGAGAACCGUUGGGGAGAUCGGCGGCGAGGGGGAGAGUCUGGCGGACGAUGAUCUGCAGUAUUUGAGGCAGAAAGGGGCAUUUGAACUGCCGGCGAAGAGAGCGAUGGACGAAUUGGUCGCCAACUACUUCCAGGUGUUCCACCCGUUCUUCCCCGUGGUGGAUAAGUAUGCCUUUUUGGAGAGUUACUACAGGACGGAUUAUGAGGGGAUUUUGAAUCAGAAGGGGCCGAGUUUGCUGCUGCUACAGGCCGUUCUCUUUACGGCGAGCGCGACCAUACCUGCGAGCAUCCUGUUGGAUAGUGGCUUCUCGUCUAGGAAACAUGCGAGAAGCCUGCUUCAUCGAAGGGCUCGGUAUUUAUAUGACUUUGACGUAGAGGGUGACGAUGUCACAACCAUCCAGGCCCUCUUGUUGAUGAGCCAUUACUACCCAUCCAUGGUAGAACAGAAACACACCUGGUUCUGGGUCCACCAGGCCAUUUCCCUUGCCCAAGGUGCCGGCCUCCACCGCGAUGCCCGCCAAGUCCCCCAGCGCAAGCUCUGGGCUCGCAUCUGGUGGGCGUGCCUUGUGCGAGACCGGCUCGUCACGCUCGGCACCGGCCGUCCUAUGCAAAUUAACAGCCUGGACUGCAGCGUUCCGAUGCUGACGCCUGCAGAUCUAGAGGAGGAGGGCGAUAGUGAGGACGACCGCGCCGUCAAGGCUGUGUUCGUAGAGUUUGUGCGCCUAUGCCAGUACAUGGAGGGCGUGUUGUCCCUGCCACAUAGCGUGGCGGCGGCUGAGGAGUCAGUGUUACAGCAGGUUGGGCUGUGUGAGACGACGUUGGCACAUUGGAAGGAGAAUUUGGCGCCGGUGGCUCGGAGGCGGGAAGAGAGGAAACGAAAUUUGUGCACUUUAUACAGGAAUGUCCUGCAUCUGAUCUACAAUAUUGUGAUCAUUGCCCUUUAUCAGUAUCACCGUGUCCUGGAGUAUGGCGGUGCACAGCCGCCAUCGCCAAAAGUUCAAGCAGCGGCCAAAGACUCCACUCAUCUAGCUGUCGAGCUGAUCGAGCUUGAUCUCGUCAAGCUCUGCCCGACAAUAUGUGUCACCGCCAUCCUACCACCAUUGAUUUCCCAUCUCCUUAUGAUGCGCGCCUCUCGCGACCAUCCCGGUAAGUCAGAGGACUUCAACAAGUGCAUAGUAUUUCUGAAGCAGCUGGGCGAGAUAUACUGGCACGCAAGCUUCUAUAAUGAGUUUUUUGAGCUCGCAGCUUCCCAGUCCCAGAAAACCACAGAGACGCCUAACGGUGAGCGAGACCCUCUGGUUACGUUCCUGAAUGACCGCAUGCCGAGGAGGCAGCGGUUUUGUAAAGUGUUGGAACCGCAGAGCCAGUGCCGAACUCGAGGGCGGACGCUAGUGGAUAAUGGCGAAAAUGAGCAAUCCAAUAUGCUAGCCUCGAACGAGGCCGGCCUGCCUACGCUAUCUAGCUCGUCCAUCAUGACCGAAAUGCCUGACUCGGAGAGGCUUGAUACUGGAGAUGUUACGUUGCUGGACCCUAGUUCUCUGCUGUUUGAGGACUGGCUGGUUGAUCUUGGCUCUUUCCACAACAUAUUCCCGUCUGCCUAA